AUGUCUUCGGAGCCGUUACCAGACCACUACAAGGCCCUAGGAAUAGACAAGACGGCCGAUGCCGCCACCAUCAAGAAAACGUAUCGCAAGCUGGUACUCACCUGCCAUCCCGACAAAGUCACCGACGAGGCCCUAAAGGCGCAGAAACAGGACGAGUUUCACAAGAUCCAACAGGCCUACGAGACCCUGAGCGAUGACACCCGCCGCGCCACGUACGAGGCGGAGCUGAAGCUGGCGCAGCUGCGGCGCGAGAAGCUGGCCAGGACCGCCAGCGGCACCACGGUCGAGCCCAAGACUGCACGCUUCGACGUCAAGACGGCCGGAGGAGCCUCGUACACGGCCAACGGACCGCCGCGCUAUGCCACCGAGGAACGAAGACCCUCGGGGACAACUUCGUCGCGCACAUACGAUCACGACGACGACCGCUACUAUGACAGCCGCCGCAAGACGGAAGAGUCGUACUUUGCUGCAGCAAGACCCAGCCCAUCGUCACGCUCCUCGCGCGAAAAAUACGAGAAGGAGCCCUCACGCAGCGCACGCCCUUCGACCGACCGCACACGAUCGAGCGCGACCAAGACGCGAGACAGCGAGCGCCGAGACCGCACCAGCAGAUUCCCCGCCGACAGCGAGGGCUCUUCUGCCGACGAGAAGCGCCGCUACGAGCGCGAGUACAAGAGGCGCGGUGCAGAGGACGAGUCGCAAAGGCGAGCCGAGGAGCGCCGUCGAGACGACCGCCGUGACGACCGCCGCUACGAAGACUACGACACGUCGACGCCCCGCAAGCUGAGCGUUCAGGAGAAGGGCGAAGAUGACGCCAUCCGCUACAUGUACAAGUCUCGCGCCGAAGUCGAGGCCCACACCCGUCCGUCGCCCGUCCGGACCACGUCGCGCGAGUACUACGAGCCCAGCAGUCGCUCGUCCAGGCACCGAGAGGUGCGCCCAGAACCUGCACCGCGCAGGUCGUCUGCCCGUCCCAAAGAGCGCCCAGGCAUGCCCUCGCGCCGCGAGACUGACCGUGGCAUUCCCGAGCUCGUUGACUGGGACGACCGGAGGCCCUCCUUCAAGCAGUCGUCCUCGUCACCGGCUGAGAUUCGCAUCCCGUCCAUGCCCCAGCGAUCUCAGACGGAGUCAUCGUCGCGGGACUACCGCCGCUCAGAACGGUCGCCACCACGCUUUCCCGGCCUGAACCGCGCCACCACCAUGCCCACAGUCCCCGCAUCAGACGCAGGGUCGCGCCGGGAAGCCAAGAGCUACUCUCGCCCCUCUGGUCUCCGCAACGAGGCCAAUAGCAGUCCAGAGCACCCAACCAUUCCAGCGCCUCAGCCUAGCAGCAAGACGUCAUACUACGCCUACAGCGUAGCAGAUGGAGGCGUAAAACCUAUGGACCCACCUGCACACCGCACCGUUCUCCGCGAACCAGAGCGCACACGCCACCGCUCUCCGUCGCCACUUACCAAGCCUCCCAUUGGUCCCAACCGCCCCGGUUUGCACGCCUCCAAGACAUACAUGCCGACUCAUUCGAGUCGCCAGUCCUCGCCCGUCCGCGAAGAGCGCGGCCGCUCCGGGCAUCUCAAGUAUGGUGAGGUUCCUUCCGAGUACACCCGUAGGAAGGCCAUGCCUGAGCGCCAACCGAGCUACAGCCCUCAUGACGUGUCAUCCACCCGCAAGUACGGCCCUGAGGACGUCCGGUAUGCACCGAGGGAAGGCUACGCAGAGCGAAAGCCGGGGCUGAGCCGCACGCCCACGUCUGUCUUCUGA